GGUGGAUGCACUGCAUAGUAAUAAAAUGGUGUAGUUACAUGAUGAUCAUACAGAAAAGAAUAACAAUAAUUGUAAUUUUCUAAGAUUCAUUUAAAUGUUUUUUAAUUUUACGUUCUGGUAUAAUACAGUGGCAUAAUUCCAAACGGUGUCUAUAUCUUAUAUCAUUUCUUAGAAGUACGUCUUUGGAAGAAAAUGACAUCACACUGUACUUACUGACAAUAUCUUAAAAUUGUCCCUUCUGGCUUUAUUUUUUUCAAUAAUGUUUAUAUUUCUUACAAUCAAGUUCUGAUUGUUAUAACUUUAUAUUUUGUGUUUUAAAUAAAAUGGUGGAAGAAGUAGUUAACUCUACUAAUAAGUUAAAGAAUAAAACUACUCGACCACGACCAGUUUAUCUGUGGAAUGUGUUAGAUGUACAAAAAUGGUUAAGGAGGCACUGUAGUGAUUAUUACCAAUUGUAUCAUGAAAAAUUUUUAUAUCAUGAUAUCACAGGAAGAGUAUUGUUAAGAAUAAAUGAAAAUAUUUUACUGAGACUUGGAAUUGAUAAUGAGCAACACAGAAUGGAUAUUUGGAGAGAGAUAAUGAAAUUGCAUCUUAAGACUGAUAUGUUAGAAAUCAAAGAUAUUGAACGACGUAAUAAUAUGAAUUUUGAUUAAAGUAAUUGUUUUGAUAAACUAAAUGAAGUCAAUAAUGUGGAUAAAACAGCUUUAUUUUUCAUAUUAUCUUACAUUAUGUGAUAUUUUACACCUUAUAGUGAUAGUAUGAUUCUGCUUCCUAUAUUUAGAAAAUUAUAACAAUUGUAUAAAUGAGUUCUGUACCUUAAUACAUAAGUAUAAUAAAGUAUAUUUUGUAUCUCAA